UUAGAGAAAGAAACUUAAAAAAUAAAUUUCCACAAUCAGAAACAUUCUUAUAAUGAAUCGUUGGGAAAAGAAAGUUGCUGUUGUUACUGGAGCAAGUUCUGGUAUUGGUGCCCAAAUUGUAAAAGAUUUAAUUAAAUGUAAAAUUACUGUCGUUGGAUUAGCAAGACGUUUACACAAACUUGAAGAAUUAAAAGGUGCUGUCCCAAAUGAAUUACAAAAUAAUUUUCAUCCAAUUAAAUGUGAUGUAACAAAAGAAAAUGAAGUUAAUUCAGCAUUUGAAUGGAUUAAUAAAACUUUAGGAGGAACUGAUAUUUUGAUAAAUAAUGCUGGUAUUAUACGUUAUGGUCGUUUAUCAGUUAUGAAUACUCAAGAUGUAAGAGAUGUUAUUGAUACUAACAUUAUGGGAAUUGUAUAUUGUACAAGAAAUGCUGUUGAAAGUAUGGAAAAACGAGGUGUUGAUGGUCAUAUUAUAAUGAUUAACAGUAUAGCUGGCCAUUUUGUCCCACGGGCUAUGGAUUUAACUGAUAUACCAUCAAUAAAUAUUUAUCCACCAUCAAAAUUUGCUCUCAGAAUAAUGGCAGAAAUGUAUAAACAAGACUUUAGAAGUAUGGGUCGUAAAAUUAAAGUCACGAACUUAAGUCCAGGUUUAGUGAAAACUGAAAUAAUUCCAGAAUCAAUUAUGACCUUAGAACUUCCAAUUCUAGAGGUUGAAGACGUGUCAAAUUCGAUUUUAUAUGUGUUGAGUACACCGGCUCAUGUUCAAAUAAGUGAACUAACUAUACAACCUGUUGGUGAAAAAUUUUGAAUUAUGCAAUACAUAAAAUAAUACGAAUAUAUUUGAAAAUAAAAUACACAUUUAAGUUCCAUUUUCAAAAUUUA